CUACGCUCCAACGGCUCUUCCUCCCACCCAGUCUCCUACUGCGCCUUAUCUUCUCCAUUCCCUCGAAAAUUCUGCAGAGUUACUGAAACAGACUAUCUCCAUGGAUACUACUCCGCCGUCGCAUCGAUCCGAGUCCAGAAACCGAACAAAAUCAUCUUCAAGGCUUUCAAAACUGCGUCAAAUCGAUGACCAAGAAGGUGAGAUUGGCCAAUCCUCCCCUUCCAAAGUCGCUAUUGAAACUGCCAAUUCAGUCCCAAACCCGCCCUACAAUCUCCCAAACCAAGAGCUCUUGCUUCUCUCUCCUUCGCCUAAUCGGAAAUCGAAGAUCCGUUUGUCAGAGAAGCUUGAAAUGGCCGAUGAUGGUGCGGAGCCGGUUGUGGUUCGCAGGAGAUGCAGGAAUAAGAACGCUUCUGCAGUUUGUGCGUCUCCGAGGAAUAAUCGGAGAUCGAGGAAGCGGUUAGAUCAAGAAAUGGUGAGAGAUGAGAAGGAUUUGGGCGCUGGAGAGGAGGCCAUUAAACCUAGAAAGAAGCGGCAAGCAGUCAGAUCCAAGAAGGAUAAGCUUAGCGUAGUUCCUUCAGUCCCUUCUCCAAAAUCAACUGAGAGUGAAGGGGUCAAUCUUGAUAGAAUUGGGCAGCUGAUAAAUGAUCUAUUGAUGUGGAGAGAUCCUGCAAGAUCAAGCCUUUGGUUUGGUUUUGGGUCUCUCUGCUUCUUAUCUUCCUGUUUUGCCAGGGGAGUUAACUUUAGCAUUUUCUCUUUUAUAUCUCAACUGGGACUUCUGUAUCUGGCUGUGUCAUUCAUCUUGAAUUCACUCCGCCCAAGAGAAAAUGCUGAAACUAAGACUGAGAUUAAGCUGAAGGAAGAUGACAUUCUGAGAGUUGGUAGAUUCAUACUUCCAGCAGUAAAUCUUGCAAUUUCAAAAACCAGAGACUUGUUUUCAGGAGAGCCUGCCAUGACCCUUAAAGUAGUGCCAUUCCUGUUGGUUGGAGCUGAGUAUGGCCAUCUGCUAACUCUAUGGAGGCUAUGUGCACUUGGGUUUUUCAUUAGCUUCACUGCUCCAAAACUAUAUUCAUCUUACUCUACCCAAAUAUGCCGAAAAGGUGAGUUCAUCAGAUCUUGGGCGAUGGACGCUUGGGGUGCUUGCUCUCAUAGGAAGAUGAUAGCAGGGUUAGCGCUGUCUGCCUUUUGGAACCUGACCACUGUCAGGACCCGGGUUUUUGCAGCAUUCAUAUGCCUGGCAGCAAUCAGAUACUAUAAACAACAUUCAGGAGGUCGGGUUGAAGAAGUCAUGAUAGAAGAACGGGUUGAAGAAGUCAUGGUAGAAGAAGAACAAGAACAGCAAGAAGAAGAAGAAGAAAAACAAGAGAAUAAUGAUCAGAAGGAAUUGAUUGGGUUAGGAAGCGAAUCCCACAAGUAACUCUUGUGCUGAGAUUGUAGUGAAAACAUCAUAAUGUUCAUGGCUUUCCUAAUCAUCUUAAUUUCUUCUCUUA